AUGAUCAAAGGAUUGUUCUAUAGCGAAUUUGACAACGUGGCUGGGCCUGUCAUUCUGUUUCAGGCACCAGAAAAUGUAUUGAGUAACGAGAUAUUCGACAGUGUGUCUGGUUACAUUAUUAUUGACAAGGCACUUUGUGGGAAAAUUAUAACAGUUCGAGCUCGACAGAUGAAGAUUGUCGGGUAUCCCGUCUGCAUUGAGGACGACAAAUAUCACCGGAAUGCACUGCUAUUUAACAUUGGUUUUGUGUUUGACGAUCACGUGGAGACGGUACCGUAUCGACCCAUUUUACGAAAGUUGGGAGCUUUGGUAGAAGGAAUGGAGAAAGAGAGCGGCUUUUUGUAUAACCCGGACAAGAAAGAGCUACUGAGGACGAUUUUGCCUCGAAUUUUGCGAGACUUGACACUGCAUGGCGAGUGCACCAUUCCAGUGGACACAGCCAACAUUAUUAAUCUAAAGCUUUUCCCGACUUUGCAAGACCCAGCGCCCGUAUUUGAGUAUCAAGUACCGGUAGCGAUUCGAGAUUUGCGUGCUCUCCUUGAAAACAGUGCAGAAUGGGACUUGGCGCUGCAGCAGAUUGUGCCUUUCAUUGACGGCGUCCGUUAUGUAAAACGCAUCAGUUUGGAGGCAGAGGUGGAAAUUGCGAUAGUGAAAAAAUGUGUUCGACAGCUAUUAUACUACGGCUGCGUGACGCUCAUCGACAUUUUUCUUCAUUCAAACAUCUACGCUAACACCCCCAAAAUUGCCGUGCUCGCCAACGACCUUAAGUUACAAGCCGAGUGCGCCGUAUACAUCGCCAAGUCAGGUCAUGUGCCGCCAUCGUUCGCGCGGAUUUUUGCGCUGUACUGCUCCGUUCAGCCCAGCUUACGCAUGAGUGACUUCUGUGUCGUGUAUUCCGAGUCGCUUGCUCUCAUCGAUGUGCGACGUUUUAUCACCUUCGGUCUCAUUCAUGGAUUCCUAAGACGCGUGCAUCGCUACCCUAUUUGCAUCGAUCGCAGUUCCAGUCCCCAGCAGCAGCAACAGGUCCAGCAAACACCGCAACAAAACCAGCAGCAAGGUGGUCAGCAAAAGAGCCGUCCAUUCGGACUGCCUUCAAAUUCCCCGUCACUGUCAGGAAUCAAUCCUAUCGGUGCAGCACCUAUAUCGAAUCAGCCUAACGGGACAUCUAGCGUACCAAAUGGAAACACGGCAGGUGGCGGCUCCAAUGGGACUGGAGGAAACGUGACCACUCUAUCGUCUUCAAAACGCGCCUUGGUUGCCAAGGCUAAUCAGCUGGAGAAAGACUUGCUUCGAAUGAUGGACGGCAGCCAUCAUACAGACAAAAUCUGCACCAAGUUCUUGUUGCGCUAUAACGACGUAGAGUCCACCAUUCAAACAACUCCAAACUGCUUCGCCGUGCACAAGUAA